AUGGAAGAAAAAGAUAGUAACAGAAAUGUGGAGCGUCAAGAUUCAGGCGAUGAGUCCAAUGGGGUAAUUCUACCCUUACUACAAGCUCCAGGGAACAUUCUUCCACAUCGAAUCACCAACUUUUACAUCGAUAACAUUUUAAGACCAGAUUUUGGUCGGAGGAAAGAGGGAACUAUUUGCCGCGACGAAAUUAAUUUCGUUGGAAGAGAGAACCGUUGCCCCUCUACUACAGGAACAGGGCAGGUAGGAGGGACGGGAGCUGAGGAAGGAACCUCGAGCCCUCAUUCAGUCACCGGGUCAAAGAAGGCUGAUGUUAUCGGGGAUGCUUCACCAAAGCCCCGUGGAGAGAGUGGUGACCAGUGUCUCAGCUCGGACUCGGAUAGUUCUCAAACCAGCGCUGCACCCUCAUCCCAGCCAUUGCUUUGGCCAGCCUGGGUUUAUUGCACCAGAUAUUCGGACAGACCAUCAUCAGGACCAAGAUCUCGAAAACCAAAGAAGAAAAAUCCAAGCAAGGAGGACAAACGUCCAAGGACAGCGUUCACAGCUGAGCAACUCCAGAGACUAAAAGCAGAGUUUCAGACUAAUCGCUACCUGACUGAGCAGAGGAGACAGGCUCUGGCACAAGAACUAGGCCUUAACGAGUCUCAAAUCAAAAUCUGGUUUCAGAAUAAGAGGGCCAAGAUAAAGAAAGCGACGGGGUCUAAAAACUCGCUAGCACUCCAUCUGAUGGCACAAGGACUGUACAAUCAUUCCACAACUUCGAAGGACGACAAAUCAGAUAGCGACUGA